AUGGCUCGUCGAGGUCGCCGCAGCGUGUUGGAGAACUUGGGCGAUGUUAUAUACGACAUACCGCUGAUGAGCGUCCCACCUGGCGACCACCAGGUGCACGUUUCUGAAGAUGGAGCCAGAGCCUAUACGCAAAAGGUCUCGCUGGUGAAUAACGGCACAGGCUUUGGGGUUGACGAGCUAGCGGAAGAGGACAUCCGUCUAGCUGGCUGGACCCCUCUUCUCGCGCCAACUGGGUCUGACUUGCGCGUCAUAGCGCAGACCGUCUCAUCAUACGACACACAUCCGGAUGACGAGGAGGGAGCCGCGACGGAAAAAAGAAAAAGAUAUGCCAGCUCUGACGACCCUCUUUCUGUCUGGCUGCCCCAUGCGCCUCUGUUUCUGGACGAGCUGAUCCGUCGAGAGGGUCUCGGCGACUUCAUUCACCACCCCAAAUGCGCCUUUUGUCCCGCUAAAUAUGGUACACCAGAUGUGCGCCUUUUCAAGUGCAAGCACUGCGGGGAAUACUUGCAAUGCCACAACUGUGUCGUCACUCAGCAUAUGAGACAACCUCUGCAUGUUGUCAAGGAAUGGAACGGAGAAUUCUGGUCGCGAACUUUGCUGCAUUCGCCGUUGCGAGGUCCCGAAGGAGAGAAGGGACUGGGAAUGGUAUUCCAACUCGGGCAUCAUGGUUUCCCGUGCGCAAAUCCCGGAACCAUAAAACGCAUGGUCAUCGUAGAUGUCCGUGGCGUCUUUACCUUGGCGACGCAAAGCUGCAAUUGCAAUAUUGGCCAGCGGCGCAAUAUCCUGCAGCAACUUAUUGCACAUGGCUGGUAUCCAGCAACGACUACGGACCCAGCCACCUGCGUAACCCUGGAGGCGCUCGAGCUAUUUCGUCUUCUCAAGGUAGUCGGGAAUGUCAACGCACACGAUUUCGUAGGAAGUUUGGAGUGCUUAAACGAUCCUGCGAGAGUGGAGACUACACCCGACCGAUAUAAAUCUUUUCUUCUUUGCGCUCGACAGCAUGCGUAUCUCAUGCAAGCCAAGCGCGCCGGUCGCGGACAUGAAGAGAAUGGCCUUGAGCUAACUCCGAAAGGCGGCUUAUACGUAGAGUGCUGGGCUUGUCCCCAUGAUGGGCGAAAUCUUCCUGUGGGGUGGCAGAACGUGAAAAGUGGACAAAGUUAUCUUUACAAGCUCAUGUUGUCUGUUGACGCCAACUUCCGACUGAAAAAUCGUUUGCGCAAGAACCAACGAAGUGACCCGGCUUUAGGAAGAGGUCAAAGUUAUUUUGUGGAGAACGAGGCGUAUCAUCGACAUCUUAAGGACUAUGUGGCUGAAAAAGACGUGACUACUUGUGCUGCUUUCGCCGCGCUGAUGCAGAAGGACACGAAACUUACCACUGGGCUCCGGGUUUCAGGUGUGGGAGGGGUUAUUUGUGCUCGUCAUGGUCUGGUUCGACGUCGAGGCAUCGGAGACUUGCAGAAAGGCGAACGAUAUGCAAACAUGGAUUUCAUUGUGCUCGCAACCUUGGAAGGCGAAACGAUCACCAGCGUUACCAUCUCAUAUGAUGUGCGCGGAGACAUCCAGGUCGACCUCUCAGCCAUCACCAUCCAAUAUGCUCUGCCUGUUUGGCAUGCAUCGGCUCACGAAACAUCUUGCCGCUCGAACAAUACGUUGAAGUACGCAUGGGGUGUGGGGAAAACAGACGGAGAAGGCAUCGAGAGGACUUGGUCCCUUCUAAAUCCAAUCAGCUGGUCAACGAAGGAAAUGGGGCCGGGUGGGCAACAAGACACAAUUGAGGAUAAGAUCGACCACCUAAAUUUCGGGAAGAAUAUUGGUUUAGGCAGUACCCUCAUGCGAAAGCUCAUCGUGGCCCUGGCGGAAUCGGCUACUCAAGACGAGGAAUUCGCGGAGAUGUGUGAAAACGUGGCCUCGGACACCCUCAAAAACUGGGAGGCGACUGUAAACGAGUGGGAAGCAGACCAUUCGAAGCCCAACCCUUACCUUGUCGUUGGGGGGACAGAAGCUGGACCCUCUGAACGCGACAUACUGGCUGAUUUGAAGGCAGCCGAGCUGGAAGACGUCAGGGCUGGGCUCAUUCCCAUGAUGGAGGGGGGGAAAAUGACGGCUGCUGCGUUUGUGAAAAAUGGGCUGGUAAUUGAGGAGUCUCAACGCCGGAUUUUGGCCGAACUGGAAUCAAAAACACUUCUGUCAGCAGAUCGUUCUGGAGCAAUUCAAGAACAACGAUUUGCGCUUUUGAAGAAGCUAAAAUCGUGGGAGCAGUUGCAACUCAGCUAUAUGCCCGGAGCAGAGGAGUUACGGAUAGCAGAGGACAAUCGUCGACCGGCCGAAGUCGCUCCACCGAAAGCCGAAUUGACGAAGCUCUACUUCCCAUCCGACAUUGUGCUGCCACAGCGAAAUGUCAUUUGCGCACGGGGUGUUAUCGAAGCAGAGGCAAAACUUCGUAUGGGGCAGUGUGCAGAUGCUCUCACAAGUCUGCGCGGGUAUCUAUACACGCAAGCGCAUCUAGUCUAUUGGCGAAAUGCGAAUUCGGUGGGCCAAAAACAGUCCACGCGGUCGGCAACACUGUUGGCAAGAGUGGGAGAGAGAAUUAGGAGGGUCUCGGCCAAGUAUCGAAGAGCUUACGAGGCUCUGGUUGCACUGAAAGGCGUGGACUUCGCGCCGCAAUUCCGAAAGCUGGAACCGGGCGACAUUAAUAAGCGCGCGGAGGUGGAGAAGGAUAUUCAAGCAAUGAAGAAACUGCGAGCUGCAGAAUCGGGACGUGCCUCGCGAAACGAGCCGACUCAGGGAGCGCUGAAUGCAACAACAUCGUGGAUUUGGACUGUACAGGGAGGAGUCGAUCAAGCUCUGCACGAUUCCGUACGAGUGGAUUGGAGCAAGGCCAGAGCUCGCCGAGACCGGUGGCGGGAAGAAGUUGCAUUGUUACGGGAAGAAAUGAAGCGUGUUUUACGCAGCUUGGCGACAAUUCAGCGCGAUUGGCGGAAUAGGAUGGAAGAACGAAGUGGGGUCGACGUAGGAUUGGCUUCAGGCUUGAAGGCUUACGCGCAAAGCCAGAUGGCUCUAUACAAGGCCGUGGGGGAGUCGUUUUUUGCUAGUUGGAGUCAACCGGCACUGGGAGCGAUUGCAGCGGCUCAGAGUCCAGAUCUUUUGCGGGGACUGCUGGAGGGAACGGCAGAAGAGAUAUUGGAAUUGGAUAUAGGCACGGAGGAGACCGUCCCGCCUGAGAGGGUGGGGGGAGAAACAGAAGUAAACGCGACACCGCGAUACGCGACGAGGGCGCAGGUGCGGGCGAGGGAAGGCGUGGAAUAA